AGAGUUUAAGUAGUUCAAGUGACAUUUCAACAAUUUUGAGCUUGUUCUACACUCGGAACAAGUUGAAUUUGCACUUGAACUUCUACUUUAGGAUUCACAGACUAUGCUCACAAGUGAUAGAAUAUAUGAUUAUCAAAUGUAGGUUUAGUCAUUGGAUGCUGUUUUGUGCUUGCUUCUUUUUGUAUGUGCAGCGUGAUUUGCAGAUGAAAAGACCCGAACAGCACUUGUUAUAGACCUAGUUAUGUUAAAUGGUAUUCCACGGACGAGAGCAAAUGUUUGAGAAAGCUUUUCAGAAUAAGAUUGAUUAUUUUUACUGUUGUCUUUUGAUAUAUUUUUGAUAUUUUAAAUUGGUUAUAUCCUAAUAGGUCAUUGGGCCCAAUCAGCCUACGGAGAAAUAAUCAGGAGAGGAUCCCAGUACAGACGAAGGAAUUACCUUCUUCUAGGAGAGAGUAGAUUCAGUGCCUGUUGUGUUCACUCAUUUUGAUCUUUCUUCUAUCAGCCAUCUUUAUUCCAUUACAUUACUGAUAUUUCUAUGGAUUUCUCUAUCAUCCUUUUUCAUAACUUAAUGAUUUAUUUAUUUUUCAUAGUUACUAAAAGCUAAGGGUUUUUGAAGUAGGUGUUUGUGAAGGUACAGAUUUCAUCUUUUUGCUGAGUCUCCAGAUUUCUGGUGUUAAAUAUAUGGAAUUUAAUUUGGAAAAAGGGACCUUUUCUUCUACAUUGGUUUUUGGGGACACAGAAAUUCAUUUAUUUGCCUCUUCUACACACUUCCCUUGUGUUAUAUGUCAAGAUACAUGAGCCAGACAUUUCUUGUGCCCAUUCCAUAAAAUGAUGCUAGUGUUUUUUACAAUGCAUUGAACUCCUUAGUUUUAAGGAGGUUUUCUCUAUUUUGAUAUUAAUUCCCAGCAAAUAUAUAUAGGUCCAAGUUGGUAAGUUUUCAAGCGUUAAACUACUGAGCAAGAUAGGCUGAAGAUUCUGGUAGUAUAGAUGUGUGAAAAAUCCAACUGUCUUUAGCAUAUAGUUUGUGGGCUGGCAGCAUUUCCAUCUGCCUUGAACUAACAAGAAUUUUAAUUUUGUACAGUGAGCUGCGUUGCUGCUGAGUGUAAAUGAAGUCAUGGUGUGAAAUGCUAAGAGUCAGCACUGCUGAAAGCAAUGUAUGUUAAAGUACAGCAUCUGUGAAUACAAAGCUGCCCUUCUGGGACACUGUGCAAAAUGAUGUAACUGAGUGAAAAAGCUCUGCAAAAAUAUAUUUCACUUGCUGUAAUUGAGUGUCUUCGCUGCAAUACCUUCAUUAAGCUUUCUUGACUGUGCAGUGGGAUCAUAUUGUAUGAAAAAGCUGUUGACAAUAACAGCUAGAGAUACUGAGGUUUUAUUUUGCCGUCCUGCACCUGUGCUUCAGCACUGCUACAAAGAGGGAACGCUAAGGAAAGCCUUUAAUGCUUGUGGGGAUUCCAACAGGAACAUUUUCUCGACCUUGUGUCUGGGUAGCUCUUGAGGAUGGCAAGCAAAGGACCCACAACUUCUACAUCAACAAAGAACUCCAGUACUGGAGGGACCAGUGGCAGCAGUAGCAGUAAUGGUGCUGGGGACAAUGCUAAUCAGGACAACACUUUUGAAUGUAACAUAUGUUUAGACACUGCCAAGGAUGCAGUUAUCAGCUUGUGUGGACAUCUCUUCUGUUGGCCUUGUUUACACCAGUGGCUAGAGACCAGGCCAAACAGACAAGUGUGUCCUGUAUGCAAAGCAGGAAUCAGUCGAGAUAAGGUUAUUCCUCUGUAUGGAAGAGGUAGCACUGGACAACAGGACCCCAGAGAGAAAACUCCGCCACGACCCCAAGGACAGAGACCUGAACCAGAGAACAGAGGGGGAUUCCAGGGCUUUGGGUUUGGGGACGGUGGCUUCCAAAUGUCAUUCGGCAUUGGGGCGUUUCCCUUUGGUAUAUUUGCAACAGCUUUCAACAUAAACGACGGGCGACCUCCUCCAGCUGUUCCAGGGACUCCUCAAUAUGUGGAUGAGCAGUUCCUAUCCCGCCUUUUCCUGUUUGUGGCUCUGGUGAUAAUGUUCUGGCUGUUGAUCGCAUAAAUCUUUUCCAUUAUUCUGUAUAUUCAUGGCCAGCAAGGCCACUGAAACAGUUACAAACUGCAUCCCCAUCCCAUUUUAAACCUCUUGGUGUCUGGUUCCGUAGCUAACUAUGGGCUUCAGGAAUUGGUCGUACCACAGCACAACGAGGAAUCUCGCAUUUUGCACCAGAGCUGGAAAUUAAACAUUGGUUAAAAAGCGUAUUUCAGCUCGGCUAUCUUGUACAACAGGUUCCUGCUGCAAACCUUGGGCCUAGCUUUGAGCUCCGCUCCUAAAAGGAGUGCUGCUUUGAAAUCCUGUGCCAAUCAGUGACACCAGGUUUAUGUGAAAGAUGGUUGCCCCAAGGUAGACUGGGCAGGUAAGGAAACUUCUGCAGUGUGAUCAGUAUCUCAUGCUUGGUAACCACGAUGGAUCUGCCAGAGCUGCGGAUGUUAUUUAAUGUCUUCACAUCAACAUCCAACCUUCUUCAGGAAAUGAUCUGCAGCACUGCUGAGACUCUUUGGGCACAGCACGUGAUGCAAAUGGAACCAGGUUUGGAGACUGGUUUCUUUUCUUGCUGUUAUUUCCCAGCGUGAUGGAAAACCCCUCCUGAAGCGAUUCUAAUGGCUGUUAGAAGAAGGGAUACAAAUUUAUGCUGCAAUUUUUUAUAGCCUGAAUUUGCUGGAGCCAGACACUGGAAGAUUCUCUCGUUGUGGAGCCAGGUGGGGUUGCCGAACAGUACGAUGCACCUGUCUGCCUCACCCAGCCCAGUUCCUCACUGACAAAACAGUGUUGUCUUCCUUGGUUCUGCGCAGCAGCCUGUGGCUGCACUUACGGAUAAUCCCCUCACAACCUUGUCACUGUAGCUACAUUUAUUCUUCCCAAGGCUUUGAGACUUUCUACGGAAGGUCAUGUACUCCAAAUAAAAUCCUAUUACAGAUCUGAGAUCAGCUUGUUUGGGGAGAGGAACAAAAGGCAUCUUUAUGUGAGUUUUGAGGUUAAACUUGCCAUACUGUAAAAUUAUACAGGAGGAAAAAUGAGAUCCUGCCUUUGCUAGCACGUGCCACAGUAGGGAACGUUUGGAAGAGCUGCUCUCUACGGGUGCAUACAGCUACUGCAUGCCACAGCAGAAUGGCUAUAGUGCAAGAGUCUCUGCAGUAUCUACCAAAGAUAUUAAUUUGAAGUGCUGGAGGAGACCACAACCAUUUAUGUGCUGAGGGGAAAAUAUUUCAGAAGGUGAGCACUCUGUAGCCCUUUUGGAAUCCUGUUGGGUAUACAGCUUUAAAGAGUACUCCUGAUGUAUUUGUGUAGAUUCCUUCAGAACAACAGAUACGAGAGAUUCCCUAGCAAGAUGAACAGUUUUCAUAUUUCUCUGGCUAGGCAAUUCCAUUUUUUUUCUCUUAUUGUUUUUAGAUUAUUUUGAUUCAGAUCACUGAUAGUCGUAAUGAUUUCCUGCAAGAUCAAUAUUGUGACUCCCCUGGCAAUAGACCGACAACUGACAAAACAAAUGAACUCAUAGAAAUUUUGUUUCAAUAGCUAGGGUUUUUCUAGCGUAUGGAUGAGGUUCCUGGCCAGGACACAUUAAUUAAUUGUUGUAGGAGCUUAUUUAUGUAAUUAUAAACUGUUCACUUUUAGUAUCAAGACAGAAGAUGACUGAAGUUUAACUUGCCUACCUCCAAAAUUCCAUCUGGCAAGUAGAAUGUUGCAAAGCUUCUGCAGCGUUUUGCCACACCUAGCCAAAUUUAUACCUGACUUGAUGAUAAUCUGACAGAAUAUGUUGCUCAACUACAAAUAGUUGAAGCGGUGCUUCAACUUUUGUUGUGUGACACUUUCGAGAAGCUUAACUUCUUCUGUAUAUGGUUCUUCUCAAGUGCGUAACUUCGUAACUAGGUCCCUUUCUAGGAGAAAGGCUAUUUAUUGCAUUCUUAGAAGCAACUGGCUGUAGUACAACGUCGCAGCUUUGACUUCCUUUCAUGAGCAGGCAGCACCACCUGCUGAUGAAAAGGGAAAGUUCAUGUCAUAGUAAAAGGGAUGGUUUUCCUUCUCCUUUUUGUAUUAAGAAACUCGAUGCUAAGAGCAGAGGUUAUCCAGGGAGGAGUAGGGUAUCCCUUUAAAGCCUUUUUCUGAUAAAGAGGACAAUAAAGUGACUGUAAUAGGUUCAAGAGGUAUUGAAACUGAUUUAACUAACAUUUAUGUUUUAAAAUACAGAAUUUUAAUGACUUGGGUUUUUUUUCCGUCUGUUGGUGAGAGACACAAUGGAUUUAGACGGAGGUGGCUGCAGAAACAUGACUGAGUCUCCUUAUUUUCUGGCAAUCCAAAAAUGAAAUAGUCUAAAAGUGUUAACACUUUCGUUCUUACCUUUUUCUUGGUGUGCUUUUUUGUAUCGUACCACUUCCCCUCCUUGUACUCAGACUGCACACAGCCCGUAAUGGCUUGUUUAGUGCAUUACCAUUACUGUUCACUAAUUUUCACUGUUGUGAAAGUGAUUUAGAAUUAAAAAAUGGUUUUACAUUGA